GAUCGUUCAGUUGCUCGGGUGCCGGCAAGAGCUUUCCUUGCCGACGGAGGCGAUGGAGAGUCCUGCAAUGCAGCACAAGGCCAUGACGCAGCUGGUGGCACAACAUUUCGAGGUGUCGCCUCCCUUCAGUUUCAGCAGCGAUCAAGGUGUCUUCCUCGAGGAUGCCGAAGCCUUGGCCGAGGCCUUGCAGGUUGGAUCCGUCGUUGUGGUGCAUCUGGGUGCAACAGCACUGCAUGACUUCGGUCGCCGAGUACGACAGCUUCGCAACUUGCAGUGGGGGCUCGUGAGCCAACAGCUGGAGAAGGUCCGUGUGGAGAGCGUGGUGCAGACGAUCCCCGAAGCCUCCUGCAGGAAGUCUGCCGAGACGAUUCUGGGAGAACAGUUUGCCGAGUUCCGCCUCGAAAUCAAGCAGAUGUUGCAGCUCCGAUUGGAGAAUUUGCAAGAGGUCACGGAGCAACGUCUAAGUAGACUGGAGGAAUCCUGGGAGCAGAGGCUGGGUUCCGCACUGGCCGAUGUCAGAUCUGACGCAUCCAUGCUGAAGGCAGAGAUAGCUCGGAAAGAGGACAAAGAUUCUGAUGCGCAUUGGGCCGAGUUCGAGGGGCUGUCGAACCUUCUGAGAUGCGAGUGCAAGCGAGUUUCGGAAUCAGUGGACGCUCUUCGCGAGGAAUGCCGGGAGGCCCUGCAGCGCGAGGUUCGAGCUCGGUUGGAACAUCACCGCAAACUGCAGGAGGAAGUCCGUCGCGAUACUGAUGCAAGACUGCAGGUGACCCGACAGCUGGAGCACGAGCUCCAGCAGCUUCAAAGCUUGGUGAGUGGCACCAGCUGCGCCCAUCGAGAAGUGCAAGGCAUUCGGCAGAG